AUGGAUCUUCCAGUGUGUGCUGGCUAUGCGACAUGUCUGCUUUUGGGGAACCUGAGUAAGUUGUGUCUGGCACCGUCAUCGUCAGGUUUAGGUUUUGAAGCCGUCAAUGUUGGCCGGGACGUGACUUUGAAAUGCUCCUAUCAGGAAAAUUCUGCAAUAGGCGUUUACUGGUACAAACAAAGUCCGGGACGGAAACCACAGCUGAUGUCGGAAUUCUUGAAACAUGCUAGGAACGGCUCUAUGAAAAGUCCGUUUAACAACGAUCCACGGUUUCAGCAGGAUACAGGCGUCGGCAAAAACAACUUGAAGAUCUCAAAUGUCCAGACGUCAGACUCGGCCGUUUACUACUGUGUAAGUGGCCACUCGUUCCAGUUCGACUUCUUGGAGGGCAUCACUGUCCAGGUAAAGGACUUAGCAUUAAACCUCCAGACGUCAGUCUACCAGUCAGAACUCGAAACCAUUCAUACAGGAGAUUCUGCUGUGCUGAACUGUACUGUGCACACUGGGAUCUGCGAUGGAGAACACAGAGUUUAUUGGCUAAAAAACUCUGAUGAAUCUAGUCCAAGAAUCAUUUAUGCGCAAGGGGACAGGAGAAACCAGUGUGAGAUGAAUCCAAACAGUCAAAGUCACACCUGUGUGUACAACCUGCCACUGGAGAACCUGAACGUGUCUCACGCUGGGACCUACUACUGCGCGGUCGCCGCCUGCGGAUACAUCCUGUUUGGAAACGGGACCAAGCUGGACUACAAGGAACACCUGGACUCUCCUGUCCUGCUGUACGUGUUGACAGGAACUUUGGCCUUCGUCGUUGUUCUGAUGGGUCUGUUGGCGUACACAUCCCACAAACUGUACAAGACGAAGAAACGCAAUCGUGAAGAUCCUCCAGAGAGAUCUUCAGCUGCUGCAGCUCCAAAAGCCCAAUAGGAUUCUGCGGAGGCAGCUGACCUCCACUACGCUACGGUCAGCGAGAAGAAGAACGCCAUCAGCUCAAGGAGGCAGAGUGAAGCCAGCGAU